AUGAAGCACAACAGCAGUGAGCUUCACUCUCCUGUUACCACUCCAACAACUAUUUCUCUCUCUUCAUUGCCUCACACUGGCGGUGGCUCGAAACGCUCAAUUUCAAUUCUCUCUCUCCUCAGAAACCCCAAUUUCAAGACCAAGAGCACUUCAUCAUCAUCAUCAUCAUCAUCAUCAUCAUCGCCGCUCAUGGCCACACCACUACAAGUCUACGCGUCCUCUACCAUCGAUGCACCAAACGAUGCAAUGGAUGCUUCGUCCCCUGGUUUGGUCGGAGCCAAUGAUUUGCUGAUAGUGGGGCCGGGUGUUCUCGGCCGGUUAGUUGCUCAAAAAUGGCGGGAGGAGCACCCAGGGUGUCAAAUUUUUGGGCAGACAGUGACUACAGAUCACCAUGAUGAGUUGAUUAAAAUUGGGAUCAAUCCUUCGUUGAAGGAAACAAAGGCAACUCAUAAGUUUCCGUAUGUGGUUUUUUGUGCUCCUCCAUCCCGAACUCCAGAUUAUCCUGGUGAUGUUAGGGAAGCUGUGUCAAGCUGGAGUGGGGAAGGUUCUUUUCUAUUUACUUCAAGCUCUGCACCCUAUGAUUGCAAUGACAAUGGAUCAUGUGAUGAGGACAGUCCAGUAGUUCCAACUGGGAGGAGCCCUAGGACAGAUGUCCUUUUAAAGGCAGAAAAAGCAGUCUUGGAGUCUGGCGGUAGUGUUGUAAGAUUAGCAGGACUUUACAAAGCAGAUAAAGGUGCACAUGUUUAUUGGUUGGAGAAAGGUACUGUUGACACUCGUCCAGAUCACAUCCUCAAUCUUAUACACUACGAGGAUGCAGCUUCCCUCUCAAUAGCAAUCUUGAAGAUUAAACUUCGGGGCCGAAUUUUUCUAGGCUGUGAUAAUCAUCCUUUAUCCAGGCAGCAAAUAAUGGACCUGGUCAAUAAAAGUGGGAAAUUUAGCAAGAAGUUUGAGAGUUUUACAGGCACUAGUGAUCCUCUUGGGAAGAAACUAAACAACAUGAAAACUAGCGAGGAAUUAAGAUGGGAGCCAAAAUACCCGAGCUUUGCUCAGUUCCUUGGAGUAUCAUUAUAAUUGCCGAUUCGGUUUAGUGGAAUUUAAUUGCAUUCAGGUGGAAGGGUAAAGAUUUACAGACAGAUGAAGUUGGUCACUGUAGAUUUGUCUCUUUGUUGAUUUUUUGAUGGGCAUUUGGUGCGGUACAAAAUCUCAGCACUUACACAAGUGAAUUGAUCAUAAGUAGAUAAUAACAAAAAUAAUACCUUGGUGCACAUUUGAUUCAUUUUAAAUUAUGUUUACUGAUUGGAACAUGUAAACAGCGUGUUGGACAUUUGAUUCAUUUUAAAUUAUGUUUACUGAUUGGAACAUGUAAACAGUGUGUUGGACGGGAUAAGAUGGAGGGGACGAUUCUAGUAAUCAACUGGGGCACAGCCUGUUUGGACUUGGGAGAUGCAAAAUUGUUUGUAAUAAAUUAUGGUCUUAUGCACUGUGGUUGUAUAUCUUGACUUUGGAGAUGAAAAAUGAUGGAAAUUGCUUUUGUUUAAGUGGGUUGUAGGAGAUGAUGCAAGUCUAGUUUUAGCUUUUGUUUGGUUUAUGGUGGGGAAUAAACCCUGUGGAAUGCAAAUUAUAGCUCCAAUGUAGUAUCAAAUCUAUUAGACCCAAAAAUGGAUGGAUCUGUGAUAUGCAUUACUGGUUUCUAUCACCAGACCAGAUUCUUUGUCAUCAUCUUUCUUAUCCCAAUAUCUUAAAUUACCUGUCUACCAUAUGACCAAAUCUAGAGAGACGCAUUUCAUAGUAGAGGUGCUUUUUUGGUUAUCCCAAAGUAUCUCUUUAUCAUACGGUCAUUGCUAGACAGACUCGAUGUGUAGCAUACAAUAGGGUUAGAGAAACUUAUUUUAUAGCUGGUGUGUGUAGUAUAGAGGUUCUUGGGUCGUUGGCUCAAAUUACCUCUUUAUCAUAUGGUAAGAGCUAGAGAGGGUCAUUGGGUAGAAUAGAGGUUGGCUUAAGACAAGGGAAUAAGAAUCCUAUGUGCUCUACAACCCCUAAAAUUUAUCAAUAUUAGAAUUGAAAUCAACUUGUUAGACCAUUUCAAAGUUUUGCGCAUGCACCUAGAUGAGGAAGUCACCUACCCACAUCUUACACAGAGAAAGCCUAUAUAAUUUUGUGCAAUACGAAGCUUUACUUAAAUUUACUAGUUCAUAACCAGUGAAGGGAAACCUUAUGAUGUUAGGGUUUGACUUUUUAUUCAUUUAUUUAGUUUACCUUCUGCAUUGUUACUAUCAAUAGCAUCACCCACUGUUUCCAUCAUGCCAUCAUCAUAAGUGACAUAAAUCAAAUAUUCAAAGAAACUAAAUGCAAAUCCAAUGUACGCUCCCAACUCAGGCACUAAAUAAUUAACAAGUCAACUUGGUAGUUAACCACAACUUCACAUUUUAUUCUGGGCAGAGUACAAGAACAAGCAAAAGCAUCAAAUCUAGAAAGAAUACAAAAAUAGAAUAAAAAUAUACUUCAAAUCCAAAUUCAAUGAAUAAAAAAAAUUAUACUCAAUUCUCUUAAUUAUCAGAUCCACACUAUCCCCAACUACCUCCUAAACUUCCUUUAUAUGUCAUUCUGUUACUCACAGUUUACAGAGAAACAAACAGAAGAAGAAGAAAGCUUGAGCAAGAAGUGUUGAUCAUGGCAGACGGUGAAGACGAAGCUCCAGAUAUCAAGUCAACUCUCAUGUUGAUUGUACUCAUACUCAUCCUGGUGAUUAUGUGCAUGCCACCUCCAAGGCAACGAGCUGUGUUCGUAUACCGUUGCUGUUGAGAGAUUUAUCUCUGCAACUCAUGUUUUUCAUUUUCUCUCUCUUUAGUUUACUAUGGUAUGUUCACAUAGCUUGUUAUGCAAUAACAUGUCAUAGAAUAACGCUUUGUUGGUUUUGGCAAAAAACAUUUUCUGUAUGAAACGGUUUUCUGUAUUUGGUUUCCCGUAUUGCGUUGCAAACAGCCAAAGAAGCAAAGAAUGAAUGAAUCACAGUAACGAAAGUCAUUUUAAAAGUCAAAAAAAA